AUGCUUCAAAGCUCUAUCCAUGGGAUCCCAACCCUCCCCAGCAAUGAGGAGUUCCGGAACACCACCUCAGCAAUCAGUGCUGGACAGACUCCAUCUGAACAGAGUUAUUUUCUCUCAGCCGCCUGGCAGAGCAGAUGGGGUCGAGAUGGUUGGGAGCAAGGGAAUGCGCAGAGACCCUUCUUGAACCUGCAGCCUCACUACACAGUCCUCGAUGCCUUCACCUGGGGUGCACUAGCUGUGCUUGUUCUGCAGUUGGCCAGGCAGAUCCCAUGGUUGAGCCCCGUGCCAGGGGCAGGAAGAGAGGACAGGCAUCCCCGAGUGGGUGGGUUCCUCUCUUCUCUGCUGCCUCAUCAGCACUCAGUGCCAGCUGCAGGUUCAUCCAAUUGCCACAGUAACCAGAAGGUGCCCUGCUUCCUGCUGGGAGGGAUUCCAGAUGCUGCACCAGAGAAUCCAUCCUCUGGCAUCCCCUCAGGGCAAGGAAAGCACCAGCUCUGCCCAGAAACAGAGGAGCAUUCAUUCCCUGAGAGCUGCAGCACCAGCCUGGGGCCAGCCUACUGCAGUGUACAGGGGCUGUCAUUUUCCACUCUACAGGGGAAGCCAGCACAGCAGGAACGCCUGGAGGAAGCAGCUACCCAGCUGCAGCAGGUGUUCCGGGUCAGCGUUUCCAUUGCGCUCAAUAUCCUUGGGAUUGAGAGUGUGAGUGAUGGCCACUACAGGGCAGCCUAUUCCUGCUUCAAGCUGGCAGCAGAUCGGGGCUACAGCAAAGCCCAGUUUAACGUGGGCCUGUGUUAUGAGCAUGGCAGAGGCACGGAGAAAGACCUGGCAAAGGCAGCUCUCUAUUACCAUCGUGCAGCCAGCAACGGGCACCCCAUGGCCCAGUACCGCUAUGCCAAGUUCCUUUUACGCCAUGGGCUCAAAGCUGAAGGGGCUAAUGUGCAGAAGGCUGUGACUCUGCUAGAGCAGGCAGCAGCAGCAGGGCUAGUGGAGGAACCACCUCCAUACUGGGACAUCAAUGUGACACUCCGCCCCAGUCAUUGUCAGGGUAUCAUCAUUUCUCGCACUGAAGACUGAAUUCCUUCUGGAAAUCACAUUGGCCUGGAAAGUCUGAGAUACAGGCACUACUGGUUCACCCACCUAUGUGGUGCCCUCUAAGGACAAGGUGAUACCUAUGCUCGCACCCUAAAAUCCAUCAAAGGUGUCCUCCAGUUUCUACCAAACCAAUCAGUUCAUCAGCCUACCUGUAUUUUUCCUAAAGCCCCAGUCACUUUGGUUCCCUGGUGUUUCAAAUCAGCACUGUGAUGCUGGCGGACCAGGCACCAGCUUGUGCCAAGGCCCGUAGGUCUCAACUGAACACUGAU